CAUGAAUCUAUUAGAUGCCAUGGAAAAAGAGUUUAGAGCAUAUACCAAAGAAUAUUAUGAAAAUGCCAUUAAUGAAGGGAAGAUAACAAUUAAUGGUGUUAAAGUGUCUCCAGAAUAUAAAUUGGAACAUGGUAUGCAAAUAGAACAUGCAACAACAAGAGUAGAACCUCCAAUCUUAGAUCUACCUGUUGAUAUUGUCUAUGAAGAUGAUAGUUUUGUUGUUGUGAGUAAACCUCCAUCAAUGAUUGUUCAUACAGGAGGAGGAUAUCAUUAUAAUUGUUUGAGUGCUAUUCUACACUUUGAACAUGGAUUUAAAGAUUUAUAUGUAUUGCAUAGAUUGGAUAGGUUAACUUCAGGUUUAUUAAUUUUUUCAAAAAAUCGAUCAUUAGCAUAAAAGUUUCAUGAUGCUAAUAGCAAACUUAAUGUUUAAAAAACAUAUUUAGCAAGAGUACAAGGAAAUUUUAGUGAUGAUAUUUAAGAAAAUAAUAAACCUUAAUAUUGUAUAUCGAUGAAAGAUGCUAUAUUUGCUUGUUGCAAAGAGGAAGAUGUUUAAAAAUUGGAUGCAAAAAGUGCUACAACAAAAUUUAAAAAAUUAUGGUAUGAUCCAAUUAGUGAUUCUUCAUUAUUGGAAUGUCAACCAAUCACAGGAAGAACACAUUAAAUUAGAGUGCAUUUAGCUGAUUUAGGCCAUCCUAUAUUGAAUGAUAUUGGUUAUGGUGGAAAAUUUAUAGGAAAUGAAAUAGUCAAUAGGAAUUUUAAGGGAUUAAAAUAAGAAUCUAUUAGAUAAAAGGAUGUAUUGGAAGGAGAAGUAGUUGAAAUUAUUGGAAAAAAGGUUAAAUUGAAUACAUAAGAAGAUGAAUAAAAUAAGGAAUAAUAAAAUUAAGAAGAGUUAAAUAUUAAAAAUCAAUAAUAACAGAUUGUACAUUAGGAUGGGUUGGAUGUAGAUUAAAAAGAUAAAGUAGAUAAAUAAAUAAUAUAAGGACAUUAAUAAGAAUAAUAAACAUCAUAAGGAUAACAAAAAUAAGAAGAAUAGUUAUAAGAAGAUUAGGAACAAUAGUAAUAAUAAUAAUAAGAAUAAUAAUAAUAAUAAUAAAAAGAAUUAUAAUAAGAAUAAUAAAAAGAAUAGUAAAAAGAAUAACAAUAAUAAAAUAAUACAUAAACUAAACUACAUUAAUCAUAAUAUGGAAAUUCUUCAUUAUUGAAUGACUGUAUAGCUGGGAAAGAAGAAUGGGAUUAUCAUAAACAUCCUUUAGAAAUUUACUUACAUUCUUGGAAAUAUUUAUUUAAUGGAUAAGAAUUUAAAAGUAAAGAACCAUAUUGGUAUUUUAAAUGA